ACGACCACCUCGUCGUUCGCGAACCUCGGCGGCCCUCCGCAGCAGGCGUUCCUGGCCGCCGGGCCGCCUGUGCUGGAGGACGCCGACCUCGCUAUCGAUGGGGGGGCUAGGGGGUCGACACCCCCGGCGCCACAGGAGGACCAGAUCCGCGACUCCUUCCUCGAAGUCUUCCUCUUCAGUAUCGAGACGCUCAAUGCCGAGGGCGUGGUGACGCUGACCGAGGAGAUGCCCGACACCAUCACCUCGUGGGUCGGCUCCGCCGUCUGCACCAACGCUCAGGACGGCUUCGGCCUCUCAAACAAGACCAGCAUCACCACUGUCAAGCCCUUCUUCACCGAGGUGUCGCUUCCCUACUCACUGAAGCGCGGAGAGGUGCUCAACAUGUCAGCCACCGUCUUCAACUUCCUCGACUCCAGCCUGUCGGUGUACCUCGAGCUGGCCGAGUCGGAGCAGUAUGCCCUCGCUGACGGCGAGGCAGCGGCCGGCUUCGACCUCUGCGUCGGCCCGGGCCUGACUGAGGUCAGGCAUUUCCCUCUGACCUUCUCUGCGUUGGGAGACGUCAACAUCACCGUCUCUGCCAGGGCCAAGGAUGGCAACUGCGAGGAGGCCAACGCGGUGACGCCGGGGAGUGACACGGUUAUCCGCCCGAUCGUCAUCAAGCCGGAGGGCUUCGCGCAGGAGGAGACGUUCUCUCGCUUCAUCUGCCUCGACAAGGAUGACAACCAGCACGUGGAGACGGUGGAGCUGCCGGUGCGUGACGGCCUGGUGGCGGACUCUGAGAGGGCCUUCUUCUCCGUGGCGGGCGAUCUGCUGAGUCCCACCUUUAAGAACCUGCAAAGUGGGCUGAUCGACUCGCCGACCGGCGGCGGUGAGCCCAACAUGGUGACGUUCGUACCCAACAUCUACGCGCGGGCGUACCUGGAGAAGGUUGGCCUGCUCACCGAGCGCGAGCGCCGCCAGACCAACCACAACAUGCUGAGCGGCGUGCAGCGCGAGCUACGCUACCGCCGCGCCGAUGGCUCGUUCUCCUCGUACGGCGCCGAGGACCCCGAGGGCUCGCUUUGGCUCACCGCCUUCGUCGUGAGGGCGUUCACCGAGGCAGCCAAGUUCAUCGACAUCGACCCGACAGUCACGGAGCAGAGCGUGUCGUGGAUACUGGAGCGCCAGCUGCCCAACGGCUGCUUCCCUCGUGUAGGAGACCUCAUCCACAAGGAGCUGAAGGGCGGGACGGAGCGGGGCGGCGAGGCGGCGCUGACGGCGUUCGUCAUGCUGGCGCUGAAGGACGUGGCCACCUCUGACCAGCUGGCCGGCGGCUUCGCCUGCCUGGAAGACGGCCUGCUGCUCCCCAACAAGACCCUCUACUCCGAGAUCCUGAUGGCCCAUACAUACCUGAAGAUGGGCCAGGACGUCAAGGGCGAGCGCCUGGUCGCCAAGCUGAUGGACCGGGCCAAACGCGAGGGAGACGAUGUCCUUUACUGGGAGGGAGACCGCAGCACCAUCUUGGGCGGCAGCCGCGCUGUGGAUGUGGAGAUGACGGCCUACAUGGUGCUCUCGCUGCUGCACAUCUCUGGCAAGGGCUACCUGGAGGAGGCAGCCCGUGCCGUGCGCUGGAUCAACCAGCAGCGCAACAGCCGGGGAGGCUUUAUCACCACUCAGGACACGAUCGUGGCCGUGCACGCUCUGACCGAGUUCGCCGCUCGCACGUUCGCCUCUGACCUGACGACGGCGGUGGAGGUCACGGCCGGCGGCGCGCCCGUCCAGCUGACCGCCGACGCCUCCAACCGUCUGCUGUUCCAGCAGCGGAAGAUCCCCGGUUUGACGCUGCCGGCGACCGUGAAGUUCGAGGUCAGCCCUCCCGGCUGCGUGGUGAUCCAAACCAACUUCAAGUACAGCAGCACUUUCCAGGUACCGGACCCGGCCUUCUCGCUGGGCGUGGCCACGAAGGCUCGCGGCCGCUCCGGCGCCUCCCAGCAGAUCGAGGUGUGCACCAGCUUCCUUCGCGACACCGGCGGCGCUGAUCGUGUGAUCCUGGAGGUCGAGAUGCCCUCUGGCUACAUCCCGGUCGACAGCACCCUACGCAGUCUCCGUCAGCAGAAGGGUGUGCGCAAGUACGACUCGAAGGACGGCAAGGUGACCUUUACGCUGGGCACGGUGACAGAGGACAAGACAUGCCUCGAAUUCCGUAUAAUCCAGGAGACAGAGGUCAAGGAGCUCAAGCCAUCUGUGGUCAAGGUCUACGACUUCUACCGGCCCAAGGAGCGGAACAUCAUUGAGUACGAGCUGACUGCCCCAGCCGUCGCCUAGGCCGCCCAGUUCGGGCCUGCUCCACGAGAAGACGCCACGGAGACCGUCACAUCACGCCCCGCCCCCUGAGACCCAUGCGGUCUAGCACCAGGAGCUGGUCGUCUGAACGGCACGCUCACUGGGGAGGGGAGUGGGGGUGGAGGUGGGGGGGGGGGGCGUUUUAACGGGACACGGACAUUCGCGGAGAGUUAGAUCGGCGCUUUUGUGCUGUAGCCGUGUUGAAAAUACGUUCGGAAGCGGCUGCUGGCAUGGUUGAGUGCGUGCCGCCGAUGUUGGGGCCCGUUACUGGGUCCACUCAAUGCAGGAUCCGCGAAAUCUUGGACCUGCUUGCACGACGCACGUUCAAUAUUGUAAUUCAUUUUAAGUGACGACUGUUGCCAACCGCUUAAGCCCGCGCAGGCUGCUGAAACCACCGAACCCGACACAGAGUGUGCGCAUCCUUUACGGAACAAGAGGUUUCGGUGGUGCCUCUGCUCGCUGUAAAGCAGUGUUUUUGCGUGCAUUUGCCGGUGUGGGUUGAAGUAGCAUGCCCGCACCACAGGGGCAUUCGGAUGCUUGUCCCACUGGCCUUCAGCUGGUGAAGACUUCAUGUGCGGAAACUACGGAGUGGCCUGGGCCAGCUGUUGGCAUUUUGUUCAAUACACGCCGGAUGCUUUC